GUUUUUCUUGAAGUUUCACUUUCACAUUUAUCUGUCCAGUACAGACAAGGACAUGGCGGACGCUGCCUCAUUCAGAGACAAAGUCUCGAAUCCAGGGGCCCAGAAACGCAGCAGUAUGGAAAUAUUGCGCCCAGAGAUGUCUGAAAGUCCUACAGAGCUAAGGAUUGUGCUGCUCGGCAAGAAUGGCUCUAAGAAGAGUGCUAUUGGGAACUUCAUCCUGGACAGAGGGGCAUUUGACCCCAACUAUGUACAAAACCACUGUGAGAGAGCCAGGGGUCAGGUGGAGGGAAAACACAUAGCUGUGAUCAACACUCCAGACCUGUUAGACCCUCACAUCUCACAUGACAAACUCUCAGAGGAACUGCGUUGGUGUGUCACUCUGUCUGACCCAGGACCUCAUGUGUUCCUGUUGGUGCUGCAGCCUGAGGAGUUCACACAGGAAGAGAGAGACAGAAUCAGGACCAUCCUAGACACCCUCAGUGACCGGUCCUUUGACUACUCAAUGGUAUUGACAACUCAUGAAGACAAGAGGGGACACAUGGCUGAGGAUCACCCUCUGAAUCCUCAUGAAGACAAGAGGGGACACAUGGCUGAGGAUCACCCUCUGAAUCCUCAUGAAGACAAGAGGGGACACAUGGCUGAGGAUCAACCUCUGAAUCCUCAUGAAGACAAGAGGGGACACAUGGCUGAGGAUCACCCUCUGAAUCCUCAUGAAGACAAGAGGGGACACAUGGCUGAGGAUCACCCUCUGAAUCCUCAUGAAGACAAGAGGGGACACAUGGCUGAGGAUCAACCUCUGAAUCCUCAUGAAGACAAGAGGGGACACAUGGCUGAGGAUCACCCUCUGAAUCCUCAUGAAGACAAGAGGGGACACAUGGCUGAGGAUCACCCUCUGAAUCCUCAUGAAGACAAGAGGGGACACAUGGCUGAGGAUCACCCUCUGAAUCCUCAUGAAGACAAGAGGGGACACAUGGCUGAGGAUCAACCUCUGAAUCCUCAUGAAGACAAGAGGGGACACAUGGCUGAGGAUCACCCUCUGAAUCCUCAUGAAGACAAGAGGGGACACAUGGCUGAGGAUCACCCUCUGAAUCCUCAUGAAGACAAGAGGGGACACAUGGCUGAGGAUCACCCUCUGAAUCCUCAUGAAGACAAGAGGGGACACAUGGCUGAGGAUCACCCUCUGAAUCCUCAUGAAGACAAGAGGGGACACAUGGCUGAGGAUCACCCUCUGAAUCCUCAUGAAGACAAGAGGGGACACAUGGCUGAGGAUCACCCUCUGAAUCCUCAUGAAGACAAGAGGGGACACAUGGCUGAGGAUCACCCUCUGAAUCCUCAUGAAGACAAGAGGGGACACAUGGCUGAGGAUCAACCUCUGAAUCCUCAUGAAGACAAGAGGGGACACAUGGCUGAGGAUCACCCUCUGAAUCCUCAUGAAGACAAGAGGGGACACAUGGCUGAGGAUCACCCUCUGAAUCCUCAUGAAGACAAGAGGGGACACAUGGCUGAGGAUCACCCUCUGAAUCCUCAUGAAGACAAGAGGGGACACAUGGCUGAGGAUCACCCUCUGAAUCCUCAUGAAGACAAGAGGGGACACAUGGCUGAGGAUCACCCUCUGAAUCCUCAUGAAGACAAGAGGGGACACAUGGCUGAGGAUCACCCUCUGAAUCAGAUGGUCAGAGAAUGUAGAGGGAGGCAGCACCUUAUGCACCUCAGCAACCACACUCAAUUUAUGGCAGAUGUUGACAAGAUUGUAAAGGAGAAUGGAGGAGACUAUCUCACCUGUGAUGUAUUUGAAGAUAGUUCAAGUGGCAUGUUACGAGGGAAAGAGGAAAUCCACAGGAGUAAAACUGAUUGUAGCCUCAAAUCUUCCUCUGAGGAAGAACGUGGAAAGGCUGUUUUGGAACAAGGAGUUUCAGCACAAUUGUACAAUUUUGAUAGAUUUACAGAAGUUGGAUUGACGUUGCUUAAGCGGUCACGGAGUGGAAAUAAACGUGUGUCUCAACUCAGGAUAGUGUUGCUGGGGAGGAGUGACGACAAGAAGAAAACAGUGGGUAACAUUAUCCUACAGCAAGGAGCUUUUCCAGGAAUAGGGCUCUCUGCUGGUUUGUUUGCCAAAAAACAGCAAUGUGAGUCAGCCAGUGGGAAGGUGAAGGACAAGUCUGCUACUGUUGUAAAGACUCCAGACCUCUUUGCUCUGACUGUGGAGUCCCUGAUGGAGGAAAUGGAGAAAUGUAAGUCCCUCUCUGCUCCUGGGCCUCAUGGGAUCCUGCUGGUGUUGAAGCCUGAGGAGUUCACAGAGGAGAACAGAAACACAUUUAAGUUGAUCCUGAGCAUAUUUGGUAAAGAGGCCUUCAAGCACUCAAUGGUGAUCAUUACUCACUACAAGGGAGUCACAGGAAAUCCUCAUCUGAGACAAAUGAUUGAAGAAUGUGGAGGAAGGUAUCAUGAAAUGUACAAACAAGGAUGUGACCACAAAGGGUUAACUGAAAAGAUAGAAACGAUGGUAGAGGAGAAUGAAUGGAGAUACCUCACCUCCAAUGAAGAGACGACACAUGAUACCAUGACACCAAAGGCUCAGAGACUGAACGUGGUGCUGUGUGGCAGAAGAGGAGCUGGGAAGACUUCUACAGCCAAUGCCAUACUGGGUCAGACAGAGUCCAGUCCAAAGUCCAGCUCCUCCACAGUGUGUGUGAAGAGAGAAGGAGAGGUGUGUGGUCGGCCGGUCACCCUCAUCGAGCUGCCUGCUCUGUUUGGAACACAUCUCACUCAGGAGGAAGUGAUGCGUGAGACUUUCCGCUGUGUCUCUCUCUGUGACUCAGGAGUCCAUGCUUUCCUCCUGGUCGUACCUUUGGGUCCAAUUACUGAUGAAGACAAAGGAGAGUUGGAGACUAUCCAGAAGAUUCUCAGCUCACGAGUCAAUGACUUUGUCAUGGUCCUGUUUAGACAGGAUAACAUUCCAGUUGAUCAAACUGCUGUUAACUUUGUGGAACAACAUGCAGACACAAAGCAACUGAUCAAGAUAUGCGGAGGGCGGUAUAACAUCUUUGAUGCUUCAAAGAUUGAGAACGCCAAGCAGACGACAGAACUUGUUACAGAAAUAGUGAAGAUGAUGGAUCAGAACAGAACCUGCUACACUCUGUACAUGUACGUGGAGGCUAAACACCAAUCAGAACUGGAGGAAAAGAACAGAAGAAUCAAGGAUUUAGAGGAGAGAAUCAGGAACAUGUCACAAGGUGCUGAAAUGGAGUGUUCCAGCACAGAGUGUAUAAGGGUGGUGCUGAUUGGGAAAACUGGCAAUGGGAAGAGCGCCUCUGCAAACACUAUCCUGGGCAGAGAUGAAUUUGAGUCUGAAUCCAGCACUGAUUCUGUGACAACAGUUUGCAAGAAGGCAGUCGGCAAAGUUGAUGGAAUAACAGUUUCUGUGGUGGACACACCUGGUCUUUUUGACACAACAUUGUCUAAUAAAGAUGUUCAGCAAGAGAUAGUGAAAUGUGUUUCCCUGUCAGCUCCUGGACCCCAUGUGUUUAUCAUAGUGUUGAGUAUCGGGAGAAUCACACAAGAGGAGCUGGACACUUUGGACCUCAUAGAGAAAACCUUUGGUCCACGGGCAGGAAUGUUCUGCUUAGUUCUGUUUACUAGAGGAGAUGACUUGAAAAAUAAAUCAAUUCAAGAUUACAUUGGGAACAGCAAGAAUGCCAAACUGAAAAAACUGAUCAGAGAUUGUGGAGACAGACUUCAUGUCUUCAACAACAACGACGAUAAUAACUGCACACAGGUUACUGAGCUUCUUAAGAAGAUGAACAAAAUGGUGUCCAUGAACAAGGGCAGUUUCUACACCAAUGACAUGUUCCAGGAGGCAGAGGCAGCCAUUAAACACAAACAGGAAGCAAUACUGAAGGAGAGAGAGGCGGAGAUAAAGGCUGACAUGGAGAAACUGAAGGUCAGCCAUGAAACAGACAUGGAGAAGAUGAAGUCAAAGUUGGAAGAGGAGAGAUUGAAAGUUCAGGAGGAAAGACAGCUGAGAGAAAAACUGUUGAGAGAGAGAGAAGAAGCUAUUAGAAAAGAACAUGAAGACAAGGAGAAAGCAGAGAAGGAAGAAAGAGAGUUGGAGGACAGAAAAAGGAAAGAAGAUGAAAAGUUGAAAAAAGAAAUAUGGGACACAGAAAAAGAGAAGAUGGAAAAAGAGAUAAAAACUCAGGAAAUAAAGUUGAAAAACCUCCAAAGAGAAAAGGAAGAAGAAUAUAAAAUUAGGAAGGAAAAACUGAGAAAAGAAGAGAAAGACAGAGAAGAACAGCUUCAAAAUCAAGAAAGGAAGUUUGAUAAACUAAAAAGGGAACAGGAGGAAGAAAUUAAAAGGAGAGAGAAAGAAGAGGAUGAGAGGAGAAAGAAGGAAGAGAAAGAAAGACAAGAGUGGCAAAGAAAAAUAGAGGAAGCAGAGAAAGGUCAAACAGAACUCCAAGAGGUCAUGUGUAGAGAAAAAGAGGAAUGGGAGGAACAAUUGAAGAAAGAAAGAGACAGACAACAGGAAGAAGAAAGGCUGAGGAGACAGAUGGAGGCAGACACUCUUGUAGAACAAGAGAAAAAACAGAGGAGAUUGAGAGAGGAGUUUGAAAGAGAGAGGGAACGAGAUAGAAUAAAGAUGAAGGAAUCAGAAGAGCAGAGGAGAGAAACCGAGCAGAAAGAAAGAGAACGAAUAGAAAAAGACUUUGAAGAAAAGAGGAGAGAGUUGACAGACAAAAUGACAAUGCAACGAGAGCAUUGGGAGAGAGAACGUAGAGAGGAACAGGAAAGAAGAUUUCAAGAGGAUGUAAAUAGAAGAGUGGAGGAGACACUAAGACUAAGAAAACUGGAGGAAACAUUUCAACAAGAACGUGAAGAAGAAAACAGGAGGAAGGAGAAGGAAGAUACAGCCAGGAUAGAACAAGAAGAGAAGAAAUGGAAGGAAAUGAGGGCAGAGCAUGAAAGGAAAACUAAAGAAAUGAUGGAUAAAUAUGAACAAGAGGCCAGAAGACAUGCAGAGGAAAUGAAUAACUUUAAAGAGAAAUAUGAAAAUGACUUCCAAAAACUAUUGGAUCAACAUGAAGAAGAGAAGGAGAAACUGAUAUUAAAGCACAAAGAGGAGUAUGAUCUUUUGAAUGCUCUAUAUGGUCAUGAUAAAACAAAACUCACUGAGAAAAUCAAUGAAUUGCAAGAGACGCAUAAGGAAGAGAUAAAGCACCUGUAUAAAUGUGUUGUACAGUGAGAAUCUUGAGCCCUAUUUGAAUGGGACUGGUAUAAUUAAGCAAUAAGGCCCAAGCCGGUGUGGUAUAUGGCCAAUAUACUGUACCAAGGCGAAGGGUUGUUCUAAUCUAACGACGGAGCCCCUGGAUACAGCACUCAGCCGUGGUAUAAUGGCCAUAUACCACAAAGCUCUGAGGUGCCUUAUUGCUGUUAUAAACUGGUUACCCACACAAUUAGAGCAGUCCAAAUAUUUUUGGGUCAUACCUGUGGUAUACGGUCUGAUUUUCCACGGCUUUCAGCCAAUCAGCAUUCAGGGCUCAAAGCACCCAAUUUAUUAUAACUAAUAAACAUUGUAACUUAAUACCUGAAAUGUACAUAUAUGUUUAAAUAGACUGCGGUGAUAUGAGCAGCAGUGUGAACCAAAGAUAAUUCAGAGUGAGUGUGAUGCAAGAGGUUAGACUCCCACACAGAACAUCUGCGGCUGUGUGCUUGUGCAUAUGGGAGUUCACUUCACUCUCAUGUGAUGUGAAAGCUGCCUGAUACUAUUUUCAAUAGAUGUUCUCUGUCCUAGAACAUCAGUACAUGAAGAGGAAUUGUCCAAAACUCCAUUUAUGGUUUCUAAACCUAUUUGUUUGAUUUAUUGUUUAUUAUACUUGUUCAAAGCCUUUUCCUUGGACAGAUCAGACUGGCCAUGACUCAUGAAAGUAAACAUGUUGCUGGAUUGUUGGUCAUUUUUUAUCGAUGUGCUAGGGUGUCAUUUUCCUAAAGUCUGAAAUUAGCAUGUUGAGCACUUUAGUUAGUCUCCAUUCAAGGGCACUGUCAAUUUCACUAAAUACUACCAUCCACAAUAUACACGUGAUAAAGCAGCAGUCUAUUGAAGCCCUAUUUGAAUGGGACCAGUAUAAUUAAGCAGGGAGGCCAGAGGAGGUGUGGUAUAUGACCAAUAUACCACGGCUAAGGGCUGUUCUUAUGAUGUCAUAUGUUUCAUUUUUCUAUCUGUGACUGUGCUUUAUAUAUUCUGAUGCUAUUUCUGUCUUUGUGUUGUACAAACCAGAGAAUAAAAGACAAAUCAACAAAUGA